UGUUGGGAGUUUGGGUGGUUAUGAAUCGUAAAUCACAUGAAAGAUUUCGCGGCUAACACGCGAGAUAACAGCUUAUUUCCCAGUGUUCUUAAAUCUUGGCUAUCCAUGGCUGUCCAAUGCAAUUUUCUUCCCUCCUGUUAUACCUACAAACGCACAAUCGAAUCCAUGCCCUCAUUAUCGUCUACCCAUUUCACCUCAAUCCACAAUACUCCACUUUGUAUCAAUUCCAAUUCAUUGCAGCUUUCAACACAAAGGUUGGGUAGGGUGGUUUCUGCUGUGAUAUCUGAAGAAAGCCCCCUGGGUUCGAGUCUUUCUAACACUGAUCUGUUCGCACUCACUUAUUUGGAGGGCAACAGUUGGCUGUGGGAGGUGGGUGGGUUGAAAAUUUUGGUUGAUCCAAUCUUGGUGGGCAACUUGGAUUUUGGUAUUCCUUGGCUUUAUGAUGCUGCCAAGAAGUUCUUAAAGAAUUUUCAGCUCACUGAUCUUCCUGAGAUAGAUUGCCUAUUGAUUACACAAAGUCUAGAUGAUCACUGCCAUAUGAGGACAUUAAAGCCACUCUCUCAAAAGCUACCAAGUCUUAGAGUCAUAGCAACUCCCAAUGCUAAGAAACUGUUGGAUCCCCUUUUCAGCAAUGUCAUAUAUUUAGAACCUGGUCAGAGUUCUGAAAUUGAAGCAAACAAUGGUUCUCGAGUUAAAAUUCAGGCUACUGCAGGACCAGUUCUGGGUCCUCCUUGGCAGCGCCCUGAGAAUGGGUAUCUUGUUGUUUCUCCGCAAGGCCAGUUGACACUUUAUUAUGAACCACAUUGUGUCUAUAACAAGAACUUUCUGGAGAAGGAACGAGCCGACAUUGUAAUUACGCCUGUUAUAAAACAGCUUCUGCCAAGUUUUACGUUGGUUUCUGGACAAGAAGAUGCAGUUCAACUUGCAAAGAUGCUCCAUGCCAAGUUUAUUGUGCCCAUGAAAAAUGGAGACCUUGACAGUAAAGGGCUUCUUGCAAGUUUAAUUCAGUCUGAAGGAACAAUUGAAUCAUUCAAGGUUUGAUUUCUGUUAUCAGUAAAAAUAGGUUCAGGAGCUUUUGUUGAAGGAGCUGCCAGAUACAGAACUACUGGCGCCAAUCCCUGGUGUACCGGUAGAUAUUUCAGCUUCUUUAAAUAGACCAUAGUGCAAAAAUUACAAUGUUUAUGGGAAUACAAAUUUCACCCAUAUUUUGUAUAUUUCCAUGUCAGCUUAGAUAUAUGAUGUGGACAACAUUUUAAGUUCAAUAA